UUUAUGAGCUUAUUAGGUAUCUUGUUUUGCAUCAUAAUGCUGUGGCCUACAUGGAAGAGUGGAGACCAAUAGCCACCUACCUGUCACAGUCAGUAUAUAUUCAGUCUGUCAGUUCGCCUCACUUGUCCCGUCGUUGACUCUCCCGUGAGGCCGUGAUCUCCGCAGGAUGGCAGCCGUCUUCGCCCCAGCCAGCGCCACUGCUCAGCUUCUUCUUCACCAACGCCGCAGCCGCAGCCGCCGCAACUACUCGUGCGGCCUUGCGAUUGCACGGGCGCCCUCAUCGUCGUGUGCCGGUGUCCGCCGGCGCCCGAUAUCGCCGUCUUGCGGCUAUGGACGCGCCCCCCUGGUUCCGGCGUCUGACCACUGGGGCAACUGGACCUUCCUCCUGAGCACCGCCGCGCUGGGCGCCUGGUCGGAGAAGCGGAGCCCCGUGGGGAAGGCGCUGACCGGAGCUCUGGUGAGCUUGCUGCUGGGUCUGGCGGCCAGCAGCGCCGGCGUGGUGGCGGCGGACGCCCCGGCCUACCGCGUGGCGCUCGACUACCUGCUGCCGCUGGCCGUCCCGCUGCUGCUCUUCCGCGCCGACUUGCGCCGCCGCCGCCGCGGCGUGUUCCGCUCCUCCGGCGCGCUGCUGGCGGCCUUCCUGCUCGGAUCUGCGGCGACGGCGAUGGGCACGGUGGUGGCGCUCCGGCUCGUCCCGAUGCGGUCGCUGGGGCCGGAGGACAGCUGGAAGAUCGCGACAGCCCUGAUGACCCGCCACAUCGGUGGAGCUCUCAGCUUCGCCGCCGUCUGUGAAGCUCUUGGAGUCUCUUCAUCAGCGCAGGCAGCCGGGCAAGCUGCUGGCGACGCCACCUGCGCGCUCUACCUGACAGGCCUCUUUGCAUUAAGUGCCAUGAUUCCUGCGGAAGACUCGCAGUCAACGGGUGAGGGCUCCGACGAACAGUUAGCCGCCGCUGGCAAAACGCCACCUGCUGCGGCAAGCGCCAUGGUUGUGGCGGCGGCGUUUGCCAUGUGCAGAGCAGGAAAGCUCGCGACGAGCAUGCUGGAGCAGCAGUUGGGCAUACAGGGGGCAAGCCUUCCCUACACAACAGCGACCGUGGCGGUGGCUUUGGCAAUCUUCUUCCCCUCUCAAAUCGGGAAGCUUGCGCCGUCAGACGAGGCCCUGGCUGGGAUUGUGAUGCAGGUACUCUUUGCAGCUGUGGGAGUUAAUGGAAGUAUCGGCAACGCCAUCAGCAAAGCGCCCAGCAUCUUCGCGUUCGCGUUCGUGCAGCUCGCGGCGCAUCUCUUGGUGACUCUCGGCGUGGGGAAGCUGCUCGGGUUCGACGGGAAGCUGCUGCUGGUGGCCUCAGCCGCGAACGCCGGCGGCCUGACCGCAGCCGGCGGGAUGGCCGCCGCAAAGGGCUGGACUUCCUUGGUGGCUCCGGGGAUCCUCGCCGGCAUCUUGGGAAUUGCCAUCACCAGCUUCAUGGCAGCUAUUCCCCUAGCGAUUUUUUUCUACUUCUUUUUCGUGCGUGUGAUCGCCAACCCCAUCACCUGGGCCAUGGCAAUCGGAAUGGGUUUUUGUAGGCUCGUCCUCGACAACUUCGUGGCAAUCGGUGUCAGUGUGCUUGCUCUCCUCAAGUACCGGAAGUAGCAGUGGUUAGUGAGAAGCAGGGUAUGCGUUUUCAUGUCUCGUCUAACCGAUCGUACAUUCACAAGAGAGAAAAAGGCCUCACUGACACUGAGCGUGGCAACCAACUUUGUGAAAUUCUAUCCCGGUAAUAUUUUGAGAUGAGCAACUUUGUCCAAUAUAUUUGGAAGAUGAACAGAAAACAUAUGGAUGUAAGCUGACAUCCAAAUUGAGGUAA